UUAGAUGGCUAUAGCCAAAUUUUCUGUCUCUGCACAUAUGUAUGCUUUUUAGAACAACCUAAAUGCAUUUAUACAAAUGGAUUAUACAUUCUAGUGAAGAAAAUGAUAACUUAAACGUACCGAAUCGACUCGGAUUCUUGUUUAGUCGGACGCCAUAUUUCCUUCCUUAGUUUAUUGUGAACGUUAGCUAACUAGUUAGCUCUUGACUUGAGGCCGCUGGCGCUACUUUUACGGGAUCUUCCUCUCCUAGCUCAAUAUACAUAUUAUUUAUGCCUGACUCAACCUUCAACUAACGUUAUUUUUAAAGCUAUGUAGGUUAUGCGCCUUACUAGCUAGCUACUAAGUUAACUACUACGUUAGGUGGCCACAAUAAAUUGGCUUUACGCUAGCAGUUAGCCAGCUAGCCUAAUAUAGCUAUCUAGGCAACUCUACCAUAACGAUAGCUAUCUAGAUAGUUGUAUUUUAAGUAGCACAAUUUAGCAUUGCCAGGAUAGCUAAUUGGUUAGAUUUAUUUUUUUUUGCUGACGUUUGACUAACGUUAGCUAGGCUAGCUAAAUGGUUGCUUAGCAAUUAUGUCAACAUAAUAAGAUGUUGCGCGCAAGGGACUUCCCAUUUGUUUCUCCCGUCUCACACUCUUCGUUACAAUGUGUUAGUUGAGGAUACCUACAUUUGUUGUCAGUGGAAUUUCUAAAGAACAGUCGCCUGGUACCAUUUGGAGUCAUAAAUCAGCUGCUGUGUUUGGCUUUCAUUGUGUAAUGUGUACAUGCCCAGAGUCUGCCAAAUAUUUCAAUGACUGUGUCUCUUCGAAAAAGAGAUGACGGCUCAGGCAAACUGUCUAUUUAGCUACUCCUCUAGUUAGCAUGUAUUUUGAAUGAAUGCUCAACAGCGAAAUGAAUGGUAUCUGUUUACUUAUUAUGCAACAAACAGUUAGCAACACUAAUAUUUUACACCGUUUACCUUCCAAAUAAUUUAGAAUAGUUACAUAUUUAGUUUCUGGUUUCACAGAACAACAAGAAAGGUAUGCCUCUCCACACUUCAAGUAGGCUAGUUUGGGACUUUGGGUGAAUAUGAAAGUAAAUUUAGGCAUAUCCUAGGUUACUAGCAAGCAAAUUGGCACAAGUACUGUAAUAAUAUAGGCCUAUCCAGGUUGUGGAGACAUUGCAUUUAUUACAUACACCUACUUUAAUUUAUUUCCCAUCUGCACACCAUAAGGAAGUAAAAGUGAUGACACAUUGUCGUCAUGCCAAUGAUAAGCCUUCUGUUAUGUCCACUCAAAAGAAUAAUACGCAACUGAAACCAAGAAAGGGAAAUUGUGACUAGUGAUAUAUUACAAUCUUGGUUGGUAUUGGCCUAAGUUAAAUCUCAAUCAAAGUGGGUGUUUUUAGCAUUUUUUUUAGGUCUUCAUGAUGAAGAAAAAAGUGCGGCAUUAUAAUCGCAUGUCCACGCCCCAGAGGCCCCCCUCUCCCAUUAAACCUUCACCGAACAAGGAGACCCUGACAUACGCCCAGGCCCAGCGCAUGGUGGACCUAGAGAUAGAUGGCCGCGUGCACAGGAUCAGCAUCUAUGACAAGCUGGAUGUCAUCGCCGACGAUGACCCCACGGCCCAAGAGAUCAUGGAGUGCAACAGCAACAAGGAGAACAACGAGAAGCCCCAGCAAGUGCUGGUGCGCUCGGUGAGGCUCAAAAACAACCAGCAGAAGAAGAGCGCCGCCCUCACCACCACGCAUGGGGCUGCCCCGCAAGGGAGCGCCCUCCUGGAACCCAAGUUCCGCGCAGUGGAGUACAACCUUCCCGCGGUGCCUCGGCGGCCCUCCAUAUAUUAUAAGUAUUCUGAGAAGACUGCCGAAGAGCUGGAUGAGGAAGUGGAAUACGACAUGGAUGAGGAGGACUACGCUUGGCUGGAUCUUCUCAAUGAGAAGAGGAAAAGUGAGGGCGUCAGUCAGGUGUCCCAGAACCUCUUUGAGUUCCUUAUGGACCGCUUUGAGAAGGAGUCCUUCUUUGCCAGCCAGGGUCGGAGCGACCCGCAGACCCUCAUCGAUGAGGACGCUGUGUGCUGCAUCUGCAUGGAUGGAGACGGACAGGACAGUAACGUCAUCCUCUUCUGUGACUCAUGCAACAUCGCCGUGCACCAGGAGUGCUACGGUGUUCCCUACAUCCCUGAGGGCCAGUGGCUGUGUCGCCACUGCCUCCAGUGCCCCUCACGGCCCGCUGAGUGUGUCUUCUGUCCCAACAAAGGCGGUGCCCUGAAGAAGACUGAUGAUGACCGCUGGGGCCACGUGGUGUGUGCCCUGUGGGUGCCAGAAGUGGGCUUCUCCGACACAGUCUUUAUCGAGCCCAUCGACGGCGUCAGCAAUAUUCCGCCCGCCCGUUGGAAACUCACCUGCUACCUCUGCAAGGAGAAGGGCGCCGGGGCCUGCAUCCAGUGUCACAAGGUUAACUGUUACACAGCCUUCCAUGUCAGCUGUGCCCAAAAGGCCGGCCUCUACAUGAAAAUGGAGCCUGUCAAGGAAGUCACAGAGACGGGGUCACCCACUUUCUCUGUGAAGAAAACAGCCUUCUGCUGUGCUCACACUCCUAAAGGGUGCACCCGGAGACCCCUUGCUAUCUACGAGGAAGGCCAUGCUAAAAACGGUGUCUGUCACAAGAGGGGUGACAAAAGAGGGAUGACGAGGUUAAAAGGGUGGCAGAAGAAGAAGAGCAAGAGAAUAGUGGUGGUGCCUGAGGAAGAGGCUCCAGCUGUGCCUGGGCCUAGUAUAACCCCCAGCAGUUUCGACACGAUCCUCAAUCAAGUGUCUGUCCAGAAGAAGAAGGCGUUUGUGGAGCGGGUCCUGAGCUACUGGAUGCUGAAGAGACAGUCGAGGAACGGCGUGCCACUGAUCAGGCGGCUACAGGCCAACCCUCAACCCCCCAAACCAGAGCAGCCGGAUCGCAGGGUGGAGGAUAAUCGAGUGAUGAAGGAGCAGCUAAAGGAAUGGCACCGCCUACGCCACGACCUGGAGCGAGCUCGCCUACUGCUCGAAAUGAUCAGGAAGAGGGAGAAGAUAAAGAGAGAGGAGAUGAAGCUUCAACAGUCCGUUCUAGAGGUACAGCUCACACCCUUCAACAUUCUACUACGAGCUGUCCUGGACCAGCUUCAGGAGAAGGACCAGGCCAAGAUCUUUGCCCAGCCUGUCAGCGUUAAAGAGGUGCCUGACUACUUGGACCACAUCAAGAACCCAAUGGACUUCUCCACCAUGAGGAAGCGCAUUGAGGCCCACGGCUACAAGAGCCUGGAGGAGUUUGAGGCCGACUUCAACCAGAUCAUAUUCAACUGCAUGAAGUACAACGCCAAGGACACGUUCUUCCACAAGGCCGGUCUGCGUCUACAAGACCAAGGCGAGGCCAUCCUCAGGAAGACUCGUCGGUAUGCAGAGCGAAUCGGCUUUGACUUUGUCAGCGGGAUGCACCUCCCUGAGCCGCCCAAGGUGGAGGCUCUUCCCCCUUUCUCCUGGGACGAUGUGGACCGGAUACUAAACCCAGCCAACCGCCAGCACAUGUCUUUGGAGGAGCAACUUAAAGAGCUGCUGGAGAAGCUGGACCUGAGCAGUGCCAUGAAGUCCAGUCCAUCUCGCAGCAAGCGACUGAAGCUGCUCAAAAAGACCAUCGCAGAUGUUCGGAGCGAGAUAUACCUAAAGACGAGGCACCCCGCUGUCGUUUCCUCUGAACUGAAACCAGCAGAUACUGAGGAGAAACCACUGCCUCCCACUGGACACAGCACACAGGAAGAAGGAGGCAAGUCUUUGCCCCCACCGAAACUAGAGCCAUUGAACUCUUCACCGCCACUUGUCAACUCAGACAGCCAUUCAGAACCUCCCAUGCUCAAGCCCAUCAAAUCCAAUGCGGACAAGAGCCAGAAGACCUCCAAGUGCAACGGUGUCAAGACCGCUACCUCUGUACCCCAGGAACCCAUCAACGGGCACAUCUGUAACCCGCUGUUCCCAGUCAGUGACCUCAGUUUCGUGGCCACCUCUAUGCUCGCAGAGCCCUCUGGCACGGGCAACAGGCGGACCAAUGUGCUUUUAUGCAAGUCCAAGAGUGCUAGCCUGCAGAAGCCCCCAAGGACAGCCGAGCACUUGCCCGGCUCCCCGCCGCUGGGAGCCAAGACCUUCCUUUCUGUUGUCAUUCCUCGCCUUGAGACCCUCCUUUUACCCAGGAAGAGGACCCACAGCUCCAGUGGUGACUGUGACGAAGAUGAGGAGGAAUCGCCCAUCAAGCGCCUUGACACAGGACUAGCUAAUGGCUUUGUCGUUGAGCCAGAGAGUGAGGCUAGCCCCAGUAGGCCGCUGGAGCCUCGCCGGCGCUGUGCCUCUGAGUCCAGUAUCUCCUCUAGCGGCAGCGUGCUGUGUAGCACAAGCACGGUCAGAGUGCCAAAAAAUGGAAAAGGGAGGCCAUCCAUGGCACGUAGGAGCACAGUGGACGACAAAAACGCACUCAUCACCUGUAUCGAAAAUGGGGACUUUACCAAAGCCGCUAAGAUUGCAGCAGAAGUUGGCAACGGAAAUAUUUGGAUGCCUGCUAGUGCUGCAACAUAUGUACUGGAACCCCUUAAACUAGUUUGGGCAAAAUGUAGUGGAUAUCCCUCCUACCCCGCCUUGAUCAUAGACCACAAGAUGCCGAGGGCGGGGUGUCAACACAACGGGGUCUCUCUCCCUCUACCCCCUCUGGACGUCCUCAGGGUCGGCGAGCAGAUGCAGUACAGGUCCGAAGAGAAACUCUUCCUCGUCCACUUCUUCGACAACAAGCGCAGCUGGCAAUGGCUUCCUAGAGCCAAGAUGGUUCCCUUUGGUAUCAAUAAGACUGUGGACAAGAUCAAACUGAUGGAGGGCUGCUCCUCUGGCAUCCGUAAAGCAGUGCAGACCGCCUUUCAUCGCGCUGUGAGCCACCUGAGCCAGGUCAAGGACAAGCCUAGCAGCAAGCCCUGCAAUGUGGACUAAACCUGCUCAUGCAUCCCACCCCUCACCUCUAGGUGGAGCCCUUCUUCAACUCGUCUUAGUUUACUUGAUAUUCCACAGCAGUCCCAGUAUUCCUCUAACACACACACCCUCUCUUCGUGUUUACUGUGUACUGGGGGAGAAUCUAAAGCCCUCAAGUAAGUAACCCUACGGUCUCUUGGUGCAGGUUUCCAUUCCACCUCAUGUCUUGAUUAUAUCAACUGAGCUGCUCAUGGGUAAAUGGUAUGUGUAUGACACCACUACACGCAUGCUCCCUUUUAAUCUAUUCCAUUCUAAAAACUUUAGCUAGCAACAUGUAAUAUCCACAUGAAUCAAUGAGCUAUGCAACUGAACUCAAGCGAUUGGGUUGGCGUGUGCAAAAACCUUAAUACCGAGUCCUAGAACUGACUUACGAAAAUCACUGGUCUAACCUGAUGAAUGUUGAAUUUCUGUCCUGUAAUAUGCUGCAACUUUCACUGCUGCAACUUUCACUUCCAUCAUGAUUCUCACCCUCACUCCCAUUUCCUCUCUGCAGUUGCCCUGUAUUUAACCCUGUAAAUACCUGUACAAGGCGUGACACUAAUUUAUUCUGUUUUCAGUUAUUGGUACUGCGUGUUCACUUUCUUGCUAUUUAUGCUGUAGGGGUGAUUCAUGUCAGCACUAUGGUGCUUAUUAAAUAUUUGCUGGUGCUACAACCUGUGCAAGUCUUGGCUACAACUGAGAUUCAUCCAGGGCAAAAUAUAUACUGUAUCGAUUGAACGUUUGUUUUUAUUUCAGCUACUUUUUUUAUGGUUUCUUAAGUUAUUGAAGUUUAUGGACAAGCUUCUCUCUGCAUUAUUGUGGUUUUUAAAUACAAUAAUGUUUUUAUGGGACUUCGUGUGUUUGUACAUAUUUAUAUAAAUCUAUAUAAUUGUAUACAUAAGAUGCUUUCAAUGUUUAAAAAGCAGAAAGUGCAUCAUUAACACAAAACCAAAAAUUUGCUGCCCAGAUUUUCGAUUCAUUUUUUACAUUCUUAUUAUUUUUACAGUUUUUGGUGUGUGUGUGUGUGUGUGUGUGUGUGUGUGUGUGAGAGAGAGAUCUGUGAAUAACCUGUAAAACGUUGUCUUCGUUCACAAUGGUGUUGACUGUGUUACAGGGACCUAUACCAUGACCAUAGGUGAAUGUGCCUGUACUAAUUUAUUGCAAAGGAGAAAUGUAUAUGCAUUACUUUAUAUAGAAAGAAUUGUAAGAGAUACUAUUGUCUCACUAGGAGCCAACUGUGUAAAGGCCAUUUUUGCGUAUUGUUUGUUUUAAUCAGAGGCAUUAAUCUUAAUGGUGGGGUGAUAGAAUCCAUUACAUUUUAUUCAGUUAGGAGGAUCUGGGGUAGCAGUGGGUAGAUUUGUUUUUUUAAAAUCCAUUUUUGUAUGGAUGUUCUGUAAAUAGACUUGGUACUGGUCUUAUUCUCUGGGAAAACCACAUUAUAGCCAAUGGGAGUGGAUGCUGGCAAAGUCCAGUAUGUUUUUAUAUAAAAACACUGAAAAUAAAAUAAAAAUGGUAUUGAAUCACUGA